CCGCAAGCCACUCCUCUCUCAGGAAGGUGGAGGGAGGAGCCUUGGGCUGACAGCAGACAGCACAAUCUUUCCAUCCUAAAUUCACUGAGGGUCUGUGUUGGAAGUGUCCAAGACCCGUAGAUCUGCACGCCGCUUCCCCAGCCGACCCACUGCAGACCUCGCCAUGGGCCUGGAACUCUAUCUGGACCUGAUGUCCCAGCCCUGCCGCGCUGUCUACAUCUUCGCCAAGAAGAACGGCAUCCCCUUUCAGCUGCGCACCGUGGAACUGCUCAAAGGUCAGCACUACACUGAUUCCUUUGGUCAGGUGAACCCUCUGAGGAAGGUGCCAGCCCUAAAGGAUGGGGACUUCACAUUGGCUGAAAGUGUGGCCAUCCUCUUGUAUCUGAGUCGCAAGUACAAAGCCCCUGAUCACUGGUACCCCCAAGACCUGCAGGCCAGAGCCCGGGUGGAUGAGUACCUGUCCUGGCAACACACCACCCUGCGGAGUUGCUGCACCAGGGCCAUGUGGCAGAAGAUGUUGUUCCCUGUGUUCCUGGGCCAGCCAGUGCCUCCUGAGACACUGGCAGCCACUUUGGCUGAACUGGAUAGAUGCCUGCAGCUGCUUGAGGACAAGUUCCUGCGAAACCAGGCCUUCCUUACUGGGUCCCAAAUCUCUUUGGCUGACUUGGUGGCCAUCACAGAGCUGAUGCAUCCUGUCAGUGCUGGCUGCCAAGUCUUUGAAUGCCGACCCAAGUUGGCUGCAUGGCGCCAGCGUGUGGAGUCUGCAGUAGGAGAGGACCUCUUCCAGGAAGCCCAUGAAGUUAUCCUGAAGGCCAAGGACAUUCCUCCAGCAGACCCCGCCUUGAAGGAGAAACUGAGGCAGGCAUUGCAGGGUUUGUUGCAGUGAGUGAGUGGCCCUGGCCAGUAAAAUUACCAAGGGAAAUGCUGGGUUGUCAGAAUAAAGAGAUGAAGCUGCUUGUUUCCUUUGCUGUAGGUAGGACAUGUCCACACAGUCUGUUCACAGUUCUGUCCAAGUAUCAGGUUUGCAUUCCUUUUGUGUCCUCAUGACACUUUUAUUAGGCUUCUACCUGACCUUUGGAGAGAGCUUUAGUAAACACAUAAAUGGCCUUAUCCCUCUUCUUUGGAAACUUUCCAUGUAUCCCCACUUCCUUGAAGUUAAAGUAUAAGUCAUUGCAUGUGGCAUUAAAGAUCUUGCUCCUACCCCUACAAGCCUCCCUGCCUCCUAACUGCAUUCAUUUCAUACCCCUGUCCUAUUCCUACCUUUGGCCUCCUAUCUUUGGCUCAUGCUGUUUCCUCUUCACCUUCUCUGCCAGAUACUACUCCUGUUCUUUGGCAUUUGGCACCAUGUUGCUUCUCCAGGGAGACAUCCCUCACCUCCCCAUCCCCAGGCAAGAAUAGCUGACUUUAUGGGAUCCUCAGCUCCAAUGUUUCCCUCCUUCAGUCCUGGCAGGGAGCAAGCUCCAUGGCCCCUGGGCUGAGCACAUGUCAUAGAUGUCGGGUGACCCUGUGCAGAAGUCUGAUCUGGAAUGGUCUUGGUCUACUAAGUCUCUCUCCCUCUGUAGGAGACAGGCAGGGUACAAGGCUGUUUCAUGAACCUCUUUGCAGAGAGGGCAGUCCCUGGUUAGGAAAGCCCUGUUUCUGGCCCCAAUAGCCUUGUUCCCCCAUACCUAUUCCUGAUCCCAAUCAUUGUCUUCCUAUGCCCAACUCUAGGUCCCAAACUUACCAAGGUUUAAGUCUGUGUCAUAGCCUGCUUGUUCUUAUAACACAGACCCUCUGAUAUCUGAGUCAUUGUAUAAAUAAACUGCUAACAGAA